CCAGGAAAAUUUCCACUAUUUCCACAUCUUCGCCGUCCAACUGAUAUCGUCAAGACUGGCUUCGUACCGAAGACCAAGCAACCUAACAACCACAGACUUCUACUCAUAUCCUCAUAUCUUCCAAGGUUCAUAUAAACUCCUUUCCACACAAUGGAGCACUCCGAAAUAAAAACACACAUCCGACGUCCCUGGCAAAAAUUCCGGGACCCAGACCCUCUCAAGCCGCGGGACCUCCGGCUGCUCGACAAGCUGCCGCUGAAGGCCAAAAACCACGCGAUCGCAGCCAUGAGCGAGUUCGCCGGGACCUUCAUGUUCCUGCUCUUCGCCUUUGGCGGCACCAACGCCGUGAACACAAACCUGCCCGCCUCCACCGCCGCCGACCCCGCGCGUCUGCUGUACAUAUCCCUCUGUUUCGGGAUGAGCCUCGUCGUCAAUGCCUGGGUUUUCUUCCGCAUCAGCGGCGGCUUGUUUAACCCCGCUGUUACGGUCGGGAUGAUGGCCGUUGGUGCCCUGGAUUAUGUGCGUGGCCCGCUGGUCAUGUUUAGCCAGAUCGUGGGGGGCAUUGCGGCUGCGGCGGUGGUUAUGGGGUUGACGCCUGGCCCGUUGGCUGUGGGGACGGGGUUAGGUGGCGGGACGACGGUCGUGCAGGGCUUGUUUAUCGAGAUGUUUCUUACCGCGCAGCUGGUUUUUACGAUUUUCAUGCUCGCGGCUGAGAAGCAUCGCGGGACGUUCAUUGCGCCGGUUGGGAUUGGGCUGUCGUUGUUUAUUGCGGAGUUGAUGGGUGUCUACUACACCGGCGGAAGUGUAAACCCAGCGCGUUCUUUCGGCCCCAGCGUCGUCACGGGUACCUUCUACACCUACCAUUGGAUCUACUGGGUAGGUCCUAUUCUCGGCUCGCUGGUCGCAUCUGGGUUCUACGUCUUCAUCAAGGCCCUCGAGUACGAAACAGUAAACCCGCAACAAGACCAGCCUACCGAUAUACCCGUCGAGCCGAGGAUCUCUUCCGAAAAGCCGGAGAGAAGCGCGCAUCUGUGGGAUGAGAGAACGGCGGCUGCGGACAGGUUUAGUGUAUCGUACAUGGGCGGCUCGGGUGGUUCGAAUCUACCUACUGUAGAACCCAAGGUAGAGACUGGUCGUAGUUUAACUCACUCGCAUUAGUUGUAACAUUGCUUCACGAAUGAAAUUGGC